GCUUUUAAGUUGUUAUUUACUUUCCUUUUUCAUAAUACUUCUCUCUACCCUUCCUUCCCUCCUUCAAACCGACCGCCCGUGCUCGACGUCACAAAAAACCGAUGUGAAACGUUGGCCGACCGACUACACUUAUUUAUUUAUCUUCAAUGCCUACUUAUAAACUUUCUCCGCUAAAACGCUCAGUCGCUCAUGCUGGUCGUUAACUGAGACAGAAUCCUCUCGCCCUCGCGCACCCAAACACUCAGAGAGAAUCUCACCGGAAAGAUACGCUUGAAUUUUUCUGAAUGACUGGUGAACGAAAAAUGCCGCCGGCGCCAGAGGCAGCAGUGCGACUACCAGAGACGACUGAGGUGGCGGCUAUCGCGUCCGAGAGUGGCAGGACCAGUAGACCGAUGGAACCACCGGACCGAAGAUUCGACCGCCUGAGAGCCGAUUUGUAUCAGUUAGCACUGAGGCUGAUUUGCAUUGCUACGUCCACGACGACAGUGGCGUUGAUGGUUACCGCCAAGGAUUCUACCACUGUUUCCAUUUACGGAUUUGAAUUUCCCGUUCAAUCCAAGUGGUCGUUCUCAAACGUAUUCGAGUACCUUGUUGGAGUUUCAGGGGCUGUCGCUGCCUACUCUUUGCUGCAGCUGCUCGUUACUGCUUCUAUGCUCGCUAGGAGGUCCCCAGUGCUUAGCUCCAGAAGUCAAGCCUGGCUCAUUUUCGCUGUUGAUCUGUCCUUGGCAUAUGCGUUGAUGAGUGCUGGAUCAGCUGCAGCUGGAAUCUCAAAUCUAAAUCGUACUGGCAUUCGACAUACAACUCUACCUAACUUUUGUAAGCCAUUAAAACGCUUCUGUAACCAUGUUGCCAUUUCCAUUGCCUUCACAUUCUUUACCUGUUGCCUGCUCACCACUUCUGCCAUACAAUAUGUUAUUUGGCUCUCCAAAAACUAAAUCCCAGGCCUCAUGAAAAACAAAUAACUUUCUGUCUCUAUGAAAACGUAUUGUAUAGAAUAUGACGUUCCUUUCUGUUCCUUCAAGUUCCAUGAACGAUCCAUAAAUCAAAAUAAACUUGUAUGGUAUAAUGCAUUGGAGUAGAGAUGCCCAUUUGACUUAGGGGUGGGGAAUACAAGAUUAGACGAGAAAUUGGGGGUGGGGAAUACUUAGACGAGAAAUUGGGGGUUCUGUUCCCACUUAGUAUCCAUCCAUGCAUCGAUUAUAUAUAUAUAUAUAUAUAUAUAUAUAUAUAUAUAUAUUAUAAGGUUUUAAUUGUACAUUUAUAUAUUAUUAUUACUGUUAUUAUUAAUAUUAAUUAGAGAACUGUUGUAAUA